GCAGCUGUCACCCGGCUCUGUCCCGCUCCCUCACUCCCUCCCAGCGCGCUGCGGACAAAGGCGGCGGCGGCCCGGCGGGGGAUGGCAGUGUGCGGCGGGUGAGCGCGGAGCCGAGCGGGGCCGCCCCUGCGGCGGGGCUGGGCCGGGCCAUGGGGUUCCUGCACCAGCUCCAUCUCCUGCUCUGGAAGAACGUGACGCUGAAGCGGCGCAGCCCGUGGGUGCUGACCUUUGAGAUCUUCAUCCCCCUGGUGCUCUUCUUCAUCCUCCUGGGGCUGCGGCAGAAGAAGCCAACCAUCCCUGUGAAGGAAGCUUUCUACACGGCGGCACCGCUCACCUCGGCCGGGAUCCUGCCCGUCAUGCAGUCCCUGUGCCCCGAUGGCCAGCGCGACGAGUUCGGCUUCCUGCAGUAUUCCAACUCCACGGUGACACAGCUCCUGGAGCACCUCAGUGAAGCAGUGGAGCAGAGCAGCCUCUUCGACCCAGAGCACCCGGGGUUAGAGGAGGAGCUGGAGUCACUGCGCAGACAUUUGGAAGCUCUCAGCAGCAGUGAGCCCAGCUCCAUGGAGACCCACUUCAGCAACCCAGCAGGAUCUGGCUUCACUCUGGCAUGGGCAGCCAAGGACCGAGGUGAGCUGCACCACUUCCUGACACAGAACCUGUCCCUGCCCAACAGCACAGCCGAGCUGCUCCUGGGCUCCAGCGUUGACCUGCGGGAGGUCUAUCGCCUGUUUUUUGGUUCCUUUCCUUUGGUAUCUGAUGAGAGCUGGGAGCGAGACCUGUGGGAUGGGUUUGGUGCCAGUGAGAAGAUGACACGUCUGGAGCAGAGUCUGCCAGGCAGCUGGAGAAGCCUGCAGGAGGGGUUGGUGCACAGGGCGCUGCAGGACCCUGCCACAGCCCCCCGCCGCCCAGCACUGCUGCACCUGCUCUCCCGAGCCCUGGGCCUCGCCACACCAGCACCUGCUGCCUCCAGCAGUCCCCAGUCCCUCAUCACAGAGAUGGAGGGUGUCCUCUUCACGGGGCCGGUGCUGGAGCAGCUGACGUGUGAGCGGAGCCCUGCAGGGCUGCAGCGCCUCCUGCGUGUGGGCCCUGCGCAGCAGUCGGUGCUGCAGGCGUACCGCAUGCUGGCCUGCAAUGGCAGCCGUGCUGCCCGCCACAACCGCUUCACCCAGCUCGCAGCUGAGCUGCGGGACCAGCUGGACACCCCCAGGAUCGUCAGCAGGCUGAAGCUGGAUGAGGUGAACAGCACAGCUGCCCAGCACCGCCUCCAUGCCCUCCUCGAGGACCUGAUGGAGAUGGAGAAGGUUCUUCGUGACGUGAACAUUCUCUCGGCACUGGCCAAGCUGUUGCCUAGGGGAGCCUGUGCCAGCAAGGCCCCACCACCCACUGCCAACAGCACUGGCUGGGCCAGUGCUAAUGCCACAGCCAGCAACGCCACAGCGGAGGAGGGUGCCGGGGGGAGCCCGGUUGGGGGUGAGAACCCCCAGGGACAGUUCUCGGCAUUUGUGCAGCUCUGGGCUGGGCUGCAGCCCAUCCUCUGUGGCAACAAUCGGACAAUCGAGCCUGAGGCGCUGAAGCAGGGCAACAUGAGCUCACUGGGCUUCACCAGCAAGGAGCAGCGGAACCUGGGCCUCCUUGUGCACCUGAUGACCAGUAACCCCAAAAUCCUGUAUGCACCUGUGGGCACCGAAGUGGAUAAGGUCAUCCUGAAGGCCAACGAGACUUUUGCCUUUGUGGGCAAUGUCACCCACUAUGCCAAAGCAUGGCUGAACAUCUCCCCUGAGAUCCGUGCCUACCUGGAGGAGGGCAGGCUGCAGAGGCGCAUCCGCUGGCUCCAGCAGUUCACUGCUGACCUACACAAGCACCCAGAGAUCCUGAAUGUCUCUGACAGUGAUGUUCUCCACAACUUCCUCAACGGCAACUUCUCGCUGCCCAAUGCCAGCGUCCUGCUCCAGCAGCUGGACACCAUUGACAAUGCUGCCUGUGGCUGGGUCCACUUCAUGGCCAAGGUCAGCGUGGACAUCUUCAAAGGCUUCCCAGAUGAGGAGAGCAUUGUCAACUACACACUGAACCAGGCCUACCAGGACAACGUGACUGUCUUUGCCAGUGUCAUCUUCCAGACCAACAGGGACGGGUCGCUGCCUCCCCAUGUCAUGUACAAGAUCCGGCAGAACUCCAGCUUCACGGAGAAGACCAACGAGAUCCGGCGGGCAUACUGGCGGCCUGGCCCCAAUACUGGUGGCCGCUUCUACUUCCUCUAUGGCUUCGUCUGGAUCCAGGACAUGAUGGAGCGUGCCCUCAUCAACACAUUUGUUGGCCACGACGUGGUGGAGCCUGGAAACUAUGUGCAGAUGUUCCCGUAUCCAUGUUACACCCGGGACGACUUCCUCUUUGUCAUUGAGCAUAUGAUGCCCCUGUGCAUGGUAAUCUCCUGGGUCUACUCAGUGGCCAUGAUGAUCCAGCACAUCGUGACAGAGAAGGAACAUCGCCUGAAAGAGGUGAUGAAGAUGAUGGGUUUGAACAAUGCGGUGCAUUGGGUGGCUUGGUUCAUCACUGGCUUUGUCCAGCUCUCCAUCUCAGUCACGGCACUCACAGCCAUCCUGAAGUAUGGCAAGGUCCUGAUGCACAGUGAUGUCCUCAUCAUCUGGCUUUUUCUUGCCAUCUAUGCAGUGGCCACUAUCAUGUUCUGCUUUCUAGUAUCCGUGCUAUACUCCAAGGCCAAGCUGGCCUCCGCCUGCGGUGGCAUCAUCUAUUUCCUCAGCUAUGUGCCCUACAUGUAUGUGGCCAUCCGGGAGGAGGUGGCGCAUGACAAGAUCACAGCCUUUGAGAAAUGCAUCGCGUCCCUCAUGUCCACCACAGCAUUUGGCCUGGGCUCCAAGUACUUUGCUCUGUAUGAGGUGGCUGGUGUGGGCAUCCAGUGGCACACCUUCAGUCAGUCGCCUGUGGAAGGAGAUGACUUCAACCUCCUCCUGUCCAUGAUGAUGCUGAUCGUGGAUGCUGUGGUGUACGGGGUGCUCACAUGGUACAUUGAGGCUGUGCACCCAGGUAUGUUUGGCUUGCCGCGGCCCUGGUACUUCCCCUUCCAGAAGUCCUACUGGCUGGGCAACGGGCGAGUGGAGACUUGGGAAUGGACGUGGCCCUGGUCCCGCACCACCCGCCUCAGCAUCAUGGAGGAGGAUCAGGCCUGUGCCAUGGAGAGCCGGAGGAUGGAGGAGACACGUGGCAUCGAGGAGGAACCCACCCACCUCCCCUUGGUUGUCUGCAUUGACAAGCUCACCAAGGUCUACAAGACAGACAAGAAGCUGGCGCUGAACAAGCUGAGCCUCAACCUCUAUGAGAACCAGGUGGUGUCCUUCCUGGGGCACAACGGCGCAGGGAAAACCACCACCAUGUCCAUCCUCACUGGCUUGUUCCCUCCAACCUCGGGCUCCGCUACCAUCUAUGGCCAUGAUAUCCGAACGGAGAUGGACGAGAUCCGGAAGAACCUGGGCAUGUGUCCGCAGCACAAUGUGCUGUUUGACAGGCUGACAGUGGAAGAACACCUCUGGUUCUACUCGCAGCUCAAGAGCAUGGCAGAGGAGGAGAUCCGCAAGGAGAUGGACAAGAUGAUCGAGGACCUGGAGCUGUCCAACAAACGUCACUCCCUGGUGCAGACCCUCUCAGGGGGCAUGAAGAGGAAGCUCUCGGUGGCCAUAGCCUUUGUGGGUGGGUCACGGGCCGUUAUCUUGGAUGAACCCACGGCUGGUGUGGACCCAUAUGCACGCAGAGCCAUCUGGGACCUCAUCCUCAAGUACAAGCCAGGGAGGACCAUCCUGCUUUCCACACACCACAUGGAUGAGGCUGACCUGCUGGGUGACCGUAUCGCCAUCAUCUCCCAUGGCAAGCUCAAGUGCUGUGGCUCUCCACUCUUCCUUAAGAGCACGUACGGUGAUGGCUACAAGCUGACAGUAGUGAAGAAGCAGUCAGACACCAGGAAUGGCCCAGAGCCAGCCCAGCCACACAGCCCGCCAGCCCACUGCUCCGUCAGCCCCUGCUCUGAGCCUCGCGUCUCCCAGUUCAUCAAGAAGUAUGUGGCCUCCUGCCUCCUCAUCUCUGACACCAAUACUGAGCUCUCCUACGUCCUGCCCAGUGAGGCUGUCAAGAAGGGGUGCUUUGAGAGGCUCUUCCAGCACUUGGAACAGAGCCUGGAGGAGCUGGACCUCACCAGUUUUGGGCUGAUGGACACCACGCUGGAGGAGGUCUUUCUGAAGGUGUCUGAGGAAGACCAGUCUCUGGAGAACAGUGACGCAGACAUGAAGGAAUCCAAGAAGGACACCCUGCAGCCACCCACCACCGAGCUGGGCCCAAAGCCUGAGGCCAACGGGGAGGUCCUGGCCGAAGCAGCUGUACUGGAGAAGCCCGAGGUGGAGCUCAGCAACCUGGUGACAUGCUCCAAGCUCACACAGUCCCAGGCAUCCCUGCGCUCAGCCUCCUCGGUGGGCUCUGUGCGGGGUGACGAAGGUGGGGCUUAUUCUGAGUUCUUUGGGGAUUACGCUCCCCUGUUCGAUAACCGGCAGGACCCCGAUAACAUCAGUCUGCAAGAGCAAGAGGCAGAGGUGGAGGACCAUGACCUGGCUGGGCAGGGGAGCUUCAAGCUGGAGGGCUCCUGGCUGAAGCUGCGCCAGUUCCAUGGACUGAUUGUCAAACGCUUCCACUGUGCCAAGCGCAACACCAAGGCCCUCUUCUCGCAGAUCCUCCUGCCUGCCUUCUUCGUCUGCGUGGCCAUGACGGUGGCACUCUCUGUGCCCGAAAUAGGUGACUUGCCACCCCUCAUCCUCUCACCAUCGCAGUACCACAACUACACCCAGCCGAAGGGCAACUUCAUUCCUUACGCCAACGAGGAGCGGCGUGAAUACCGCAUCAGGCUGUCUCCUGAUGCCAGCCCCCAGCAGCUGGUGAACACCUUCCACCUGCCCUCUGGUGUGGGGGCCACCUGUGUUCUCAAGACACCCUUCAACAACACACUGGACCAGCCCAUGCAGAAUCUCAACAGCAAUGAGUCCAAGAUGCUGGCGGCCAAGUACUUUGAUGCCAUGUGCAUUGACUCCUUCACCCAGGGCCUACCGCUCUCCAACUUCGUGCCGCCACCUCCAUCCCCAGCUCCCUCUGAUUACCCUAUCUCAAUGGACGAGGACCUGCUCCGUGCCUGGAACUCCACGACUUUCUCUUCUGCUGUCAAAGAGACCGUGACCUCAGCUCCUGCCCUGCCCCACAUUGUCCAUGAGCCCAUCAAGUGCACAUGCUCCAUGCAGGGGACUGGCUUCUCCUGUCCCAGUGGUGUGGGGGGCCACCCGCCACAGAUGAAGGUGGUGACAGGGGACAUCCUGGCAGACAUCACAGGGCGCAACGUCUCCGAGUAUCUGCUCUACACCUCAGACCGCUUCCGGCUGCACAGGUAUGGGGCACUCACCUUCGGCAACGUCCAGAAAUCCAUCCCGGCCUCCUUUGGGGCCAGGGCUCCUGCCACGGUGCGCAAGAUCGCUGUGCGGAGAACGGCCCAGGUUUUCUACAACAACAAGGGCUAUCACAGCAUGCCCACCUACCUCAACGCUCUCAACAACGCCAUCCUGCGAGCCAACUUGCCCAAGAGCAAAGGCAACCCUGCUGCCUAUGGCAUCACAGUCACCAACCAUCCCAUGAACAAGACGAGUGCCAGCCUGUCCCUGGAUUACCUCCUGCAAGGUACUGACGUGGUGAUUGCCAUCUUCAUCAUCGUGGCCAUGUCGUUUGUGCCAGCCAGUUUUGUUGUGUUCCUGGUGGCUGAAAAGGCCACCAAGGCCAAACAUCUGCAGUUUGUGAGCGGCUGUGACCCUGUAAUCUACUGGUUGGCCAACUAUGUGUGGGACAUGCUGAACUACCUGGUGCCGGCCACAUGCUGCAUCAUCAUCCUGUUUGUGUUCGACCUCCCAGCAUAUACCUCUCCUACCAACUUCCCUGCUGUCCUCUCCCUCUUCCUCCUCUAUGGCUGGUCCAUCACACCCAUCAUGUACCCUGCCUCCUUCUGGUUUGAGGUGCCCAGUUCUGCCUACGUCUUCCUCAUUGUCAUCAACCUCUUCAUCGGCAUCACAGCCACUGUCGCCACGUUCCUGCUGCAGCUCUUUGAGCAUGACAAGGAUCUGAAGGUGGUGAACAGCUACUUGAAGAGUUGCUUCCUUGUAUUCCCUAACUACAACCUGGGCCAUGGCUUGAUGGAGAUGGCCUAUAAUGAGUACAUCAACGAAUACUAUGCCAAGAUUGGGCAGUUCGAUAAAAUGAAAUCACCCUUCGAAUGGGACAUCGUGACGCGGGGGCUCGUUGCCAUGACAAUCGAAGGCUUUGUUGGCUUCUUCAUCACCAUCAUGUGCCAGUACAACUUCUUCCGGAAACCCCAGCGGUUGCCCGUCUCCACCAAACCAAUUGAGGAUGACAUCGACGUGGCCAAUGAGCGGCACCGUGUCCUGCGUGGCGAUGCUGACAAUGAUAUGCUGAAGAUUGAGAACCUCACUAAGGUGUACAAGUCCCGCAAGAUUGGGCGCAUCCUGGCCGUGGACCGGCUGUGUGUUGGUGUACGGCCCGGGGAGUGCUUUGGGCUGCUGGGUGUCAAUGGAGCGGGCAAGACCACCACCUUCAAGAUGCUGACAGGGGAUGAGAGCACGACGGGGGGAGAAGCCUUCAUUAACGGGCACAGCAUCCUGAAGGAGCUCCUGCAGGUCCAGCAGAGCUUGGGCUAUUGCCCCCAGUUUGAUGCACUCUUCGACGAGCUGACAGCCCAGGAGCACCUAGAGCUCUACACCCGCCUGCGUGGCAUUCCCUGGAAGGAUGAGGAGCGGGUGGUCAAGUGGGCCCUGAAGAAGCUGGAGCUGACCAAGUAUGCAGACAAACCUGCCAGCACCUACAGUGGGGGCAACAAGAGGAAGCUGUCCACAGCUAUCGCACUGAUUGGAUACCCGGCCUUCAUCUUCCUGGAUGAACCCACCACGGGGAUGGACCCCAAGGCACGGCGCUUUCUCUGGAACCUCAUCCUGGAUGUCAUCAAAACGGGGCGCUCCGUGGUGCUCACAUCUCACAGCAUGGAGGAGUGCGAGGCGCUCUGCACCCGCCUGGCCAUCAUGGUGAAUGGGCGGCUCAAGUGUCUUGGCAGCAUCCAGCACCUGAAGAACCGGUUCGGUGAUGGCUACAUGAUCACUGUGCGCACCAAGUCCAGCCUCAACGUCAAGGAGGUGGUGAGGUUCUUCAACCGCAACUUCCCUGAGGCUGUCCUCAAAGAGCGGCACCACACCAAGGCCCAGUACCAGCUGAAGUCAGACCAGAUCUCCCUGGCGCAGGUCUUCAGCAAGAUGGAGCAGGUGGUGGAUGUGCUGGGCAUUGAAGAUUAUUCCGUCAGCCAGACGACGCUGGACAAUGUAUUUGUGAAUUUUGCCAAGAAGCAAAGUGACAACCUGGAGCAGCAGGAGACGAGCCCAAGCUGCGCCUUGCAGUCACCCCUGGAGCGUGUGCUGAGCUUGCUGCGCCCUCGGGCUGCCCCUACUGAGCUGCGGGCCCUCGUGGUGGAAGAGCAGGAGGACCUAGAGACAGAUGACGAAGGCCUCAUCAGCUUUGAGGAGGAGAGGGCUCAGCUCUCCUUCAACACGGACACUCUGUGCUGAGACCCGGGCGCAGCCACGUCCCCCAGCUGUGAACCCACCGAAUCCUUUCGGCCUCUUCCCUCUCUGCCCUGCUGAGCGGAGCUGUUACGGUUGGAGGCAUGUGCCAGGGAUGACAGGGUGCAUGGACCCCACGAGCCAACGCAGCCAGAUGAUCCCCUUCAGCUCUGGGGCAGUGUCACUGUGUGGGGCCAGGGCCACCAGCUCACCCAGCCAGCACAUGCCAUGGAUGGAGACUGUGAAGAGGACGUGUCUGUGCCACCAGCCCUGCCUGCUGUGUGGCAAAGAUGAGGCCCGUGAGUGGUGCCAUGUCUUUGUACCCACCCCUUGGACCCCAGCUGCAGGGACAGCCCCCAGUACUGUCACCACCCCAGGCCUACCCCCAGAAAGGUCAGAGGAAGGAUACGGCUUUUGCCUUGUUUCCAUCAUCCCUGGCUUGGCACUUGCCCUUUGGUAGCUUGCAGUCCGGUACUGGAGCUCUGGUGCUUGACCCCAGGUUGAUUUCUGUCACCAAUGGGGUGGCAUCAGUGAUCUGCUUGCCUCAGACAGGGUUUCCCCACUGGAGCAUCCUGCCCAGUCUUGCCACACAUGCAGUGGUCACUUGGUCCCAACCUGGGGCAAGGCAGGGGGCACGUGGUACGGCAGGGGGGUAUUUCACAGGGUAUUUCACAUGCUGGCACCAGCUGUUUCCCCCCUCUGCCCCCAACCAUGUCCUUCCUCCCAGAGCCACUCACCCUGCCUCCUGCCACCCCACCACAGGGCACAGCUACGGUGGUGGCAUGUUGUGCCCCCCUCUUUCCCCCUUUGCCACUCAUAGCUUAGUGUUCGGCCCUGUGCUGGAGGCACCUGCAUUGGUUUCUUAUUGUUGGGGCACUGCAGGGACUGAGAGAAGGGUUGCUGCUGCCAAGGAUGGCUUUAGAAGCUGGGAGUGGGGUGGCCUUGGGGUAGAAGGACAAGACAGCACAGCUUGGUGUGGGUGCAGUGCUGGUGGGGGGAGGAUGUACUGUGGCAGCAGGGCUGUCAGUGCCCCUCCUUUCUGCAGAGGGUCCUGCUGCCUUGUCACCCACAGGGACCAUGCCUGGCAGCACCCCUAGCCUACAGUGACCUGCAGCUGUGCCCAGAGGUGGCGUGAUGGCCAGACCCAUGGCACGGACCCCACCCACCCACCCCUGCAUGCCCCAUGUUCUGCAGCAGCUGUGGGGCCUGUGAGCAGUUCCCCUCUGUUCCAGGAGCGCCUGGACCUGGCUGCCCCUUCUGCCUUCUGGCACCGGCUCAGCAGGAGGCCCAGGGCUGCCUCCUGCCAUGGGCAGCACCUGGUGCCAGAGCUGGCCCCAUGCUGUCACAGGAGCUCCAUUGUCCCUGUGCCCCUGCCCUCCAGUCCUGUAUGCCCCCUGCUCUAGAUUGUGAUACAAAAUACAGUAUUUUCAAUAGGGGGGGAGCCUGGGGAAGAUGAGCUCUAUUUUCAGAUUUUUCAGACCAUAUUUUUUUUUUACAGCAUACAGGACAGGGGGUGGGGGUGGUGCUGCUCAUGUGCUGCCUUCCCUGGGGCACCCUGGGGAUGAGCCAGCUUGGGGUCAGCCCUUUGCCACCAGGGCAAGAAGGGAUGGUGUCACCUUUGGGUCCCAGCUGACCUCAGUGGUGGCACCAUGGGGUAGCGCCAUGCUCUGGCCAGGGCUCUGUGCCUGUCCCACUGCCAGGUUCCAGGUGGGUGCUGGCACUGGGGGUGUGGAGCAUCCCCUAAACCCUCCCAUUGCAGAGCUACCCCUACCCUGUGCGUGCCACUGUCCCCGUGCCCCAUGGCUUUCGGUAGUCAAUGGAGAUGCGACCUGGGUAGCCAUGGUGGCACAAACCCCCUGGGGGCACCCUGAGGGUGGCGGUGGGGUGGGAGCAGGGAUAGGGGUGGUUGCUGCCUUAACACUAUUUGCUUGGUUGGGUUUGGCCUCACCUCCGUCUUGCCUCCCUUGGCAAGUCCGUGGCCACCAGCCACCAGUGCCGGUGCCAUGCGGGGCACGGGGUGAGGACGCCUUGGAGGAGCCUGUACAUUGCUAGCAAAAGAAACAACAAGAGAUUAAAUGUGAAAAAUAAUGACCGUUUUAAAUAAAAAAGAAUAACUGGA